AUGGGACCCGAAAUACGAAUGGCGGGCGUUUCCACCUUCUUGGCCGCCGCUUGGGCUGCGCUGUGGGCGUCGUCCCUGGCGGCUCCUGCGCGCUUGACCCCACAGCUGUAUGCUCCGUUGACGCCGAGCAAGUGCCCCAGAGAGCCAUGGGCCUGUGGCAGCUCCUGGCUCGCGUGGACGAAGACCUCGGUCGACCCAAUGACUUCACGGCAGUCAUGCUUGAGUCAGGGGGAGGAGGACCAGCUGUCGAGGCUCCUGUACGAGGCCCAGGAGGAGCACCUUCAGGAGACGGAGGAAGAAGGACUCACAGACCCGGAAGAAGUGCAGCUGGUCACAAAGAUGGCUGCGUUACUUGCUAAGGGAGCGGUGCGAGGAAGAGGAAACGACCACCGCCUCCUCCACUACUACGACGACCAUGACCACGACCACACCCGGCAGUACUACUUCGCCUACGACCCCUACAACGACCACAACUUUGAGUACGACCUCCCCAACGACCACCCCAUCGAGUACGACCUCCCCAACGACCCCUACAACGACCACCCUUCGAGUACGACCUCCCCAAACCCCUACAACGACCCACCCUUCGAGUACGACCUCCCAACCACCCCUACAACGCACCCUCGAGUACGACCUCCCCAACCACCCUACAACGACACCCCAUCGAGUACGACCUCCCCAACGACCCCUACAACGACCACCCCAUCGAGUACGACCUCCCCAACCACCCCUACAACGACCACGGGUUCAACGACCACCACGCCUGUGACUCCCUAGUGUAGCUUGACACACACACAAAAAAAAUAAUGGAGAAAGGAUAAAAUUAACGACAAAUGUGAUAUUUAAUCAACUGUAAUUAAGGGAUUGAUAUUAAUCAUCAUUAAACAAAUUUAGUCUUUACCUAA